AUGCGCGAGAAGCUGGCUGUAGCCUUCGCGCCGGAGCGGCUCGACAUCAUCAACGAAAGCCAUCUGCAUGCCGGCCAUCAGGGCGGCGCAAUGGAUGGCACCGGCGAGACCCAUUUCCGCGUGCGCAUCUUGUCGGCCGCCUUUGAGGGCCUCGGCCGGCUGGCGCGGCAUCGCGCGGUCAACGAUGCGCUGGCCGAGGAACUGGCCGGCGGCCUGCAUGCGCUCGCCAUCGAGCCGGCGGCGCCGGGCGAGCCGGUCGCGGAGACGCUCGGGCUCGACCGUGCGGCCCGACGCCAUUUCAACUGGGUGGCCUAUGCUCUCCUGCUGGCCGUCGUGGUGGCCGGUGGAUGGUACUGGCUGACCCGGGCCGAUGCCGAACGCGGCGUCGAAUAUGUCACUGCAGAGGCGACGGUCGGGGGGUUCGUCGUUACCGUCGAUGCGACCGGAACGGUCGAGCCGACCAAUCUGGUCGAAAUCUCCAGCGAGCUGUCGGGCACGCUCGACGCGGUCAAUGUCGAUUUCAACGAUACGGUCGAGGUGGGGACCGUUCUGGCAACGCUCGAUACGACUCAACUGGAAGCGCAGCUUGCGGUCAGCAAGGCACAGCUCGACGCCGCCGGAGCACGAAUAGCGAUGGUCCAGGCGGGCCUCGACGAUGCAAAGCAGAAGUUCGAGGCGGCGCGCGACCUGGAAGCACGCGGCAUCACGCCCCGGCAGAUGUUCUUCACGCAGGAGGCGGCGUACAUUCGCGCCCGGGCGGAGAUGGAGUCGGCACUCGCCGACAAGGCGCUGUCCGAGGCCAAUCUGGACCUGCAGCAAGCGAUUCUCGACAAGGCCUGCAUCUGUUCGCCGAUCCGCGGCAUCGUGCUCGACCGCGCGGCCGAUCCGGGUCAGAUCGUUGCGUCCUCCCUGUCGGCACCGAUCCUGUUCACGGUCGCCGAGGAUCUGAGCCAGAUGGAAUUGCAGGUCGAUAUCGACGAAGCCGAUAUCGGCCGCAUCGCGGUCGGCAAUACCGCUACAUUCACGGUCGAUGCCUAUGACGACCGGCGCUUUCCGGCGACAGUGACCGAAGUGCGCUUCGCGCCGCAGACGGUCGAAGGCGUCGUUACCUACAAGGCGAUCCUGACGGUCGACAACAGCGCCCUGCUGCUCCGGCCGGGCAUGACGGCGACGGCCGAGAUCUCCGUGGCCGAGAUCGAGGAUGCGCUGGUCGUUCCCAAUGCAGCGCUUCGCUAUGCCCCGCCGCGCGAGCCGGGCGAUACGCAGACCGACGACGACCGGAGCGGCCUUCUGGGCAUGCUGAUGCCCGAGCGCCCGCAAGAGGAUGUCGAGGGCGAUGUUCGCACCGUGUGGGUGAUGCGCGACGGCGAGCCUGAGGAAAUCCCGGUGGUGACCGGCGACAGCGACGGUUCGGUGACCGAGUCCGGCCGGUCCGAUCCGCCGCUCAUCAAGCUGCGCGACAUCACACGCGUCUACGGGCAUGGCGAAGCGACCGUGCGGGCGCUUGACGGCAUCAACCUGACCAUCGAGGCCGGCGAGUUCAUCGCCAUCAUGGGACCGAGCGGAUCGGGCAAGUCGACGGCGAUGAACGUCAUCGGCUGCCUCGACAGCCCGACCAGCGGCACCUACCGGUUUCGCGGGGUCGAGGUCGCCGAUCUCGACCGCGAUCAGAGGGCGCUCCUGCGCCGGCACUAUCUGGGGUUUGUGUUUCAGGGCUACAAUCUGCUGCCGCGCACAAGCGCGCUUCACAAUGUCGAGCUGCCGCUGAUCUACAAGGGACUUCGGCGGGCCGAACGCAGGGCGGCUGCCACGCAGGCGCUGGAGAAGGUCGGGCUGACGCACCGCGCCCAUCACGACCCGUCCGAAUUGUCCGGCGGCCAGCAGCAGCGCGUGGCGAUCGCCCGGGCUCUGGCCGGAAAUCCCGAGGUGGUGCUUGCCGACGAGCCGACCGGCAAUCUCGAUACGCGGCGCUCGGUCGAGAUCAUGGAGGUGCUCCAGACGCUGAACCGGGAGGAUGGGCUGACCAUCGUCAUGGUUACCCAUGAGGAAGACAUGGCCCAGUUCGCCGACCGCCUGAUCUGGAUGGUCGACGGACGCAUCGAACGCGACGGACCGACCCGGCCGGAACGCGAGGUGGCCCGCGAUGCUGCGAUCUUCCGCAAUGCGCUGCGGUCGUUCCUGACGGUGCUCGGGAUUGUGAUCGGUGUCGCUGCGGUGAUCGCCAUGCUGACGGUUGGCCAGGGCUCCACCGAACAGGUGACGGCCGAUGUCGAAAAGCUCGGCACCAACGUCCUGAUGGUGCUCCCCGGCGGUGAGGCAAUGGGCGGUCCGGCCGGCACGGCCGAUCCGAUGUUCGUCAUAGGCGAUGUCGAUGCGGUGCAGGAAGAGAUCGCCAGCGUGGCGCUGGCGGCACCGAUCAGCCAGAAUCGCGCCCGCGUCGUGUUCGGCAACGAAAACCGGCGCACCGACAUUGUCGGCACCGACAACCGCUACCUUGAGGCGGCGCGCUGGGACUUCGCCCGCGGACGCGCCUGGGAAGCCUCGGAAAUCCAGUCCGGAAAGCCUGUCUGCAUUCUGGGCGAGACGGUUCGGGCAGACCUGUUCGGCUACGCCGAUCCGGUCGGCGAACAGGUGCGCAUCAAGAACAUGUCCUGCGAGGUCAUCGGCCUUCUCAAGUCGAAGGGCGCUUCGACGUUUGGCGCCGAUCAGGACGAUUUCGUGCUGAUGCCCUACCGGGCUUUUCACCGGCGGAUUGCCGGCAAUGCCGACGUCUCUACCAUCUAUGUUUCGGUGCGCGAAGGCGUGACCACCGAACGGGCCACCGAGGAGAUCGAGGCGCUGAUGCGCGACCGAAGGCGGAUCGGCGCAGGCGAGGACGACGAUUUCGACGUCAUGGACAUGGAGCAGAUCGCCACCAUGCUGUCGGGGAUCACCGACAUUCUGACCGGGCUUUUGUCGGCGGUGGCCGCGGUCAGUCUGCUGGUCGGCGGCAUCGGCAUCAUGAACAUCAUGCUGGUGUCGGUCACCGAGCGCACGCGUGAGAUCGGCAUCCGGCUUGCCGUCGGCGCCCAGGCACGGCAGGUGCUGCUGCAGUUUCUCGUCGAGGCGAUCGUGUUGUCGCUGAUUGGCGGUUUGAUCGGAAUCCUGCUCGGCCUGGCACUCGGUUAUCUUGGUGCCCAGUGGCUCGCCGUGCCGUUCCGUCCCGAUCCGCUCGUGAUCCUGAUGGCAUUCGGAUUUUCGGCGGCCGUCGGCGUGAUCUUCGGCUUUUUCCCGGCCCGGCGGGCGGCGAUGCUCGACCCGAUCGAAGCGCUGCGCCACGAAUAG